AUGGCUGCCAUUGCGGCCGGGUCCGCCGGGUCUCUCGUAGACCCCACCGGUGCACCGGUACCUGGGGCCCAGAAGCAGCGCAAGAAGAGCAAGUUUCGGCUGAAGGAGCGUUCGUCGUCGUCGGUGAGGGAGAAGUUCAUCAACGAUCCGGCGUACACGGAGGAUGUGCGCCACCUGGCGCUUCCGAUGCGCCGCAACAGCGGCCCCGAGCACGAUCCCGGCCGCAAGUUCUACAUGAUACCGAAGAAGAAGUCCAACUCGGUCGGCAAGGACUACUCGCGCGGCUCCGGCAGCCUGCACAUCGGUGGCGGUGGCACCGGCGUCUCCGAAGACUUCUACACGCUGGACGUGGAGUCGAUACGGCGCGCGGGGCUUAACGUGCCGGAAGUGAAGCCACGGCGCAAGAAGUACAAUCACCACACGAGCGCCGAGCUACUGAACCGCCUGCUGAAUACGGACGAGUCGAGCAGUUCCGACGGACUGCCAGCGAAAGCGACGACCCUCGAUCGGGCUCGCGGACGAAGUCUAGACCGGCGGAGUUACGUAACGACGGUGGCGAGCGUCGAUGACGCGGGAGCAACAGAACAGCAGCAACGUGGCAGUCGGAAGAAUCGAAACCACACCCGACGGCAGACCAUCGAACGGGAUGUAGUUCCGAUCCCGAUCGAGCCGAUAGAGGACCCACUUUCGCACCCGGAGGAGGCAAAAGCGGGCGAUCGAGAAGCGAGUGCCUCGAAAGGCGGGCGCUUUCAAAUCGGCAAACGGUUCCUGAAGGGCGAGAUCGGCAUCAAGAGCUUCAACUACUACCUCCUGAAGGAGGGUUUGAAGUCGUCGAAGAAGAAUCUGCUCAAACAACGCUCGGCUCCGGUGGCCCCGGUGGCUGAUGGGCAGCAAUCGGCUGCGUUGCCGGAACCACCGGCAGCCGUGAUGGACGCGGGAAGUCCACCCGAGCACCGGGUGCCGGAUGAGGUACAUCGGCCGGUGGCCAAGUGUGAGGAAAACAUCUACGAAGAGAUCUACUUCGAGGACCGGCCCAAGGCGCAAGGGAUUUACUUGAAGGACGUCCCACAGCAGGAUUCAACGGCCGUUCAGCAGGCGACAGGCGCUGAGCGUCGCGAGACGAACGACGAAAAAAUCCAGUUCAUCGACUGCGAGCUGUGCGUCCAGCAGUGCAGCAAUGCCAGCUGUGACCUGUGCCAUGGCCGUGCCGCUCAGCAUACGGCCCAGCAGCACGAACACCACCACCACCAGCUGCAGCAGCAGCGGCAGGCCGAGCAGAAGCAACAGAACAUCUACGAGCAGCUGAAGCAGCACGGUUCCGGCGGUUCGUCCGCUGGCAGCGGAUCUGGCACUGGGUUAACCUCCCGGACGAAGGCCUCCAAAUCGCUGGACAUGGAUGAGCUGUACCAGCGACAGAAGCAGCAACUGCAAGCCCAGCAAAGCCGCCAGAAACAGCCGCAGCAGCAGCGUCAAGGAUACGUUGGAAGCGUCGAAGACCUGAACGGUGCCGCCUCAGCCCUGUACGCCUCCAGGAACGUGCUCCAGUACCAGUCGUACAACCCGAGCAAUCCGAAUGUCUACAAACUGGAAACGACCCCCGUCGCGUUCAGCUCCGACUACAGUCCGCUACAGCAGAUCUACUACAAACCCCAGCCCCCCCAGGGAGCCUUGCCGGGACCUCUAGGAGGUGGUCAAGAUCCCGCCGCGCAGCACAUUUACCAGAAGCCGCUCCACCAGAAGCCCGGCAAUGUGUCUGGAUCCGGGUCCGACUACUAUCAGGAGCUUGCCGGAAGCCGGAAGAAAUCGUCCUCGUCGAGCGAUUCGCUGCACCAGCGCCGGCUGCAGCGUGACCAGCCACUGUACCACCGCUCGACGACCGGAGUCUACCAGCAGAGGGCGCCACCGUUAGAGGAGCAACUAGUGGUCGGAGCUCCACCUUCCACCGGCGUCGGUGCGAAGCUGUACAAGGUCAGCUCGAACGCGUCGAUCCUGAGUGAAGCGUCCGGCCGGAGUGACGGGUCUUACAGACAGCAGUUACAGCAGCAGCAGCAGCAGCAGCAUCAGCUGCAAGGACAGCAGGCACACCUCACUCACCCCAGCAUCCGGGCGGAGGCACCGCCAGUGGGUGGCCAACCCGCCGGGCAGCCUUACGGGCGCACCGGCGGGAACAUGUCCGACUCCAGCCUGGGCGAUUCGCUGUUCUCGUACCCGGCCAAUCGGCGCUACUUUGGCAGCUCUGAGAGCUGUCGGUUUGCGUCCGAAAGCUGCCGGCGGUGCAGCGUGGAGGUGGACAAGUGUAGCUUCUCCGACACCUGCCGCUACUCGGACUGUCGCAACUGUGACUGCUCGUCGAGCUACUUUUCGUCCGAUUUUGACGAUACCACGACGCACGCCGGCUCGCGGAGCAAAAGUGGCUCACGGGCAUCGCACGCCCCGGAUCCGGCGGCCGGUUACUAUGCGGCCCCACCGUACGCCGAGGACUUCAUGAAGCACGUGAGCGCGGUCAAGCGGGGUAGCCAACCGCCGCAGCAACCGGUGGCCGCCGGAACGCACCUGAUGGCGGGUGGCAAGAUCUACGAGACGCCACCGACCUACGUCGGGAUGAUGUCAUCGGCGGCCACCGGUUUGCUUAAGGCGCGGGAACCGACCUACGAAACGCUCCGCAAUCCGCCGUACUCCAUCCCGAUGGUGGGCGUCCCUUCCGGCGAUGCGCUCGGCCUCGGUAGCCUCAGCGCUGCCCGCCAAUCAUUCAGCCAGAGCCACGAGGCGCUACUUUCGCCGACCCGUCGUAGCCGGUCCAGCCGCAGUACCGACACCGAGCAGUACCCGUACGCGGAGCGCCGGUCUCCGAGUCCACACUACUCCAAGAUUCGGCGACCGCACCAAUCUAGCACGCUUCCCUCUUCGGUACGCUCCGGACGCCGGCAACAGUACAGCGACGCCGGCGGUUACAGCGUGAUCCGGGAGGCUCCACGCCCAAUGGGGGCCGGCUCAACCCUACCGAAGUCCUUCAGCAUGCAACAGCCACACCCCGCGCAGCCGACUGUCCCGUUGUCAGUCGGCGGACGCUCCUCCUCGCUACUGGCGAUGGGCCACGAGUACGCGGAAAUCAGCAAAGACGCUCGGAAGCCAAUACCGCCACCGAUCAGUACCAUUCCGACACACCGGGAUGGUCGGACCGGUGGAUCGAUGAGCCGCGGUAAACCGAAACCGGCUGCGAGAAGCGUGUCGCCGGCAAAUUAUGGACGAACGGGACGUGUGGAAGUGGAAGUGCCGAACAUGGCGGAAGUGACGGCCACCGCCGAGCGUAAGUCUCGUGAGCGGACGAUGAAGUUGAAGGCAGGCGAUCAGGCUGGUGACACUCCGAUACAGCGUGACCGCUCACCGGUGGCCCCGAACGCGGUUGCCACGGGCCAGGAGAAGGGCACCAGGGUGCGCAAAGAGCCGACCACGGGAAGCGGGACAUUGCCCGGGCGGGCCACGACGGGUAGCACGCGGCGCCGGGAGUUCGGGAAGUCCCGGGAGCAACAGCAACAUCAGCGGGGCAAGCGACGGGUUGCGCAAGACUUUAGCGACGACGAGGAGGAGGACGACGAUGAUGAGGUGUUCCUGAGCGACAAGGUGUACGAGAGGCCGGGAGUCAGCAGCCGUGGCCCAACGGGAACGCAAGCUUUCGAUUUUACGCUACAACCCCCGACGUCGUCCUCGUCGUCCAGUGGCACUCAGCCCCACUCGUCCACCUCCGGUGGCCCAUCGGUGGCGCCCCAUUCGCCGACCCGCAAAUCAAAACAAAAGCCAGAGUCCGACGCCGCUCCGGCAACCGGCACGGCGUCCGGACCGUCGGUCGGUUCGGCCACUCAGCCGAACGAAAGCGAGAGUUUGCGCACGACGACCGACCACGCCGGAUCGAAAGCUCCGGCCGAUGGGGCCGGAGUCACCGUACGUUACUAG